AUGUUCGCUAAGCUCUUCAACAAGUCAUCGCCACAGGCAGCUUCACAUCCUCGGACAAGGGUCAGACAAGCGGAUUUGGAUCCGCGCGUCACGGUUCACUAUGGGAUACCAUCCACUGCAUCCAUUCUCGCACUUGAUCGCACACAAAGCCUGUUGGCCAUUGGAACACUGGAUGGUAGGAUAAAAAUGAUAGGUGGUGAUAACAUCCAAGAGCUUCUUACAUCACCGAAGCCGUUGCCUUUUAAAAAUUUAGAGUUCUUACAAAAUCAAGGUUUUCUAGCCAGUGUCUCAAGUGAAAAUGAAAUUCAGGUUUGGGAUUUGGAACAGAGGCGCAUGGCUUCUUCUUUACAGUGGGAAUGCAAUAUAACUGCUUUCUCUGUUAUUUAUGGCACCAAUUACAUGUACAUUGGAAGUGAAUAUGCAAUCGUCUCUGUUCUGAAGUAUGAUGUUGAAGAUGGGAAAAUUAAGUUAUUGCCAUAUUAUAUUACUGCGAAUUUCAUAGCUGAAGCAGCUGGAAUGUCAUUGCCUGAUCAUCUUUCUGUUGUUGGAGUUCUCCAUCAACCCAAUUCUUUGGGAAACAGGCUGCUGGUUGCAUAUGAAAAUGGGUUGAUCAUUCUCUGGGAUGCUUCAGAAGAUCGAGUUGUUCUUGUUAGAGGUUCCAAGGACCUAAAAGUGAAGGAAAAAGCAGUCACUAGUUCUCCAAAAGACACAAGAAAUGAGCUUUCUGAUGCUACAGAAGAAAGCAAACAGGUGGAGAAAGAGAUAAGCUCUCUUUGUUGGGUAUCUGAUAAUGGGUCAAUUCUUGCCGUUGGCUAUGUAGAUGGUGAUAUAAUGUUUUGGGACUUAUCAACUGCUGCCUAUACCAAGGAUCAGAAAUCUGAAGAAUCAGAUAACAAUGUUGCAAAGCUUCAGUUAUCAUCAGGUGAUAGAAGACUCCCCGUAAUUGUUUUGCACUGGUCUGCAAAUAUGUUACAUAAACAUCAUAGGGGCCAACUCUUUGUCUAUGGUGGUGAUGAAAUUGGGUCUCAAGAAGUUCUGACGGUUCUAAGCCUUGAUUGGUCUUCAGGAAUAGAAAGUCUGAAAUGCAUAAGCCGUACAGACCUUACACUUAAUGGUUCAUUUGCAGAUAUGGCUUUAUUACCGACUGCUGCUGCAAUGGAGAGCAGCGACACGUUGCUAUUCAUUUUGACAAAUCAGGGACAACUGCAAGUCUAUGACAAGGCUUGCUUGUCUGCUUUAAUGUCUCAGGAACAGGAAAAGACUGCUGUUCCAGCAGUGCAGUAUCCUAUGUUCAUACCCACUAUUGAGCCAUACAUGACAGUGGCAAAGCUUGCUCUGGUGAAUACAGAUAAGGAAUGCUCCUCAGCUCUGUCUAAGCAAAUCUUAGUUGGAAAGAUUAAUGUAGAGGACACUUCAACGACUGGCGGUACAAAGUGGCCUUUGACUGGUGGUGUUCCCAGCCAGCUUAAUGAUGCUGAAAAUUAUCAUGUUGAGAGAGUAUAUGUAGCAGGAUACCAAGAUGGAUCAGUUCGAAUAUGGGAUGCCACAUAUCCAGCUCUGUCACUUAUCUGUGUUCUAGGAUCUGAGGUAAAAGGCAUCAGAUCUACGGUUGCAAGUGCAACAGUAUCAGCAUUGGAUUUUUGUUCUGUUUCUUUACAAUUAGCUGUUGGUGAUGAAUGUGGUCUGGUUCGUCUGUAUAAGAUAAUAGGGGGUUCAGACGGGACAAGAUUGCACUUUGUGACAACAACUGAGAAGGAAGUACAUGAUUUACAACAAGGGAAGGGGCCUCAGUGCAUGGCCGUGUUUUCUAUUCUUGAUUCUCCUAUAUGCAUCCUACAAUUUGCAAAUUUUGGAGGCAAACUUGCUGUGGGAUUUGAAUGUGGCCGGGUUGCCAUGCUUGAUAUUAGUACAUUGUCAGUUUUGUUUCUUACAGACAGUGUAUCCAACUCAAGUUCCCCAGUGAUCUGUCUGGCUAUGAAAUCAUUUUCAGAUACUAGUAGCUCAUUACAGAGUCCAGAGGACUCUGAGUCCAAGAAUUUGGGUGAUCCAGGAAAUGGAUUGACAUUCAUUAUGACCAGAAAUGGACAUAUUGUUGUUAUUGACAGUUCCUCUGGCAAUAUGAUUAGCUCUUGGCCAAUGCAUUCACAAAAGGAGUCUACUGCGGUUUCAAUGCACAUUAUUGAGGAUGGUGAUGUUUUAUGCGAUGUGUCGAGUGAAAAACAUUCAUUGGAAGUAUCUCCGAGGAAUGAAGCAAAAAGCGAUCAUGCACAAACCAGUGCUGACUCUGGAAGUACACAGCUUGAUGUUGAACCGGACACCCCCAGAGAAACUGCAUAUUUUGUACAGAGAUUAUUGAACGUAUCUGUUUUACUUUGUUGUGAGAACACAUUACAGUUGUGCUCAUUGAAGUCUGUUCUUGAGGGUGACAGUAACUCCACUCAACAGGUCGAUCUUGUAAAACCAUGUUGUUGGACUACAGUCUUCAAGAAAGAUGGGAAAGAUGGUGCACUGAUUGUAUUCUAUCAAACAGGAGUCUUUGAAAUAAGGUCUUUGCCAAAUCUUGAAGUGGUGGGAGAAUUGUCAUUAAUGUCAAUUCUAAGAUGGAACUUCAAGACCAACAUGGACAAGACAAUAUGUUCCUCUGAUCAUGGGCAAAUUAUUCUGGUAAAUGGGUGUGAAUUAGCUUUUCUAUCUCUUUUGUCCGAUGAAAAUGAAUUCAGGAUUCCGGAGUCGUUGCCUUGUCUUCAUGAUAAAGUGAUUGCAGCUGCUACAGAUGCCAUCGCCAGUUUAUCUCUUAACCAGAAACAGGUUAGUGUCCCUGGGAUUUUAGGUGGUAUCAUUAAGGGCUUAAAAGCUGGUAAAAUGGAGCAAAGCAUGGACGCAGCUGCAAAUCAUGAGAACUUUUGUCAAACUUUAGAGAACUUAUUUUCAAGUCCUCCAUUCUUGAAGCCUUCCCCAGCUGUGAAGGAUGACCAAAAAAUUCUGGAGCUUAAUAUAGAUGAUCUUGUAAUUAAUGAACCUGUUGCACCUGUUGCUAUCUCAUCUUCAUCUUCAUUCGAAAAGAACAAGAAUGAAAAGAAAGACAAGGGAACAGAGAAGGCGAGAUUAUUUGAAGGCGCAACUAGUGACACAAAACCAAAAAUGAGGACAGCUGAAGAAAUCAAGGCUAAAUACAGAGAUACUGGGGAUGUCGCUGCAGCAGCCGCACAUGCAAGAGAUAAGCUUGCAGAACGUCAAGAGAAACUUGAGAAGCUCAGCCAAAACUCAGAAGAACUGCGAAGCGGGGCAGAGGACUUCGCAUCAAUGGCAAAAGAACUCGCCAAGAGAAUGGAAAAUCGUAAAUGGUGGCACAUUUAG